UGCUUGUUUGUUCUUUCUGAAGAAGUCAGACUGUUAGCUGACGAAAAGCGUAUGGUUUUAAUGGCUUAAAAUAAAUCUGUGUUUUAUCGUUUAUAUCGAGUUGGACUUUAUAUCUUCAGUGGAACUGAGACUUGGGCCAGGAGUGUUCGAAGAAAGAAGCAGACUGGCUGUGUCGGGAGUUCCACGUUGUGCUUUCCAUCAAAGUCCAGGAUCUGUAGCUGAAUCUGCUCAGCAGCUUGAAUAAAAAUGUUUCUGAAGACCAUCACAGUCACUCUGGCAAUCAUUGCCAUCACAGGUUCCCAGGCUGAACUUAAUGCUCAACAGCUGGCUGACAACCUCUGGAAUUACUUCACACAGAGUGUCACUAAUGCCAAGAGUACCUUUGACCAAAUCCAGGAAAAUGAACUCAGCCAGCAGAUCAACAGCCUGAUCAAGGAAAACCUUCAGAAUAUGAAUGACUAUGCUGCCAGCCUUCAGCAAACCUUGAUCCCUGUUGCCACACAGCUACAUCAGAGACUUACCCAGGACUCUGCAAAGCUGAAGGAACAAAUACAUAAAGAGUUAGAGGAACUCAGGAAAACAAUUUCACCUUAUGCAGGUGACAUUAACGAGAAGAUAAGUAAAAAUAUUGAGACAAUGUGCCAGCAGCUAACUCCAUAUGCUGAGCAGUUCCAGGACCAGAUCACUCAGAAUGCUAAGGAACUUCAAAAGCAGCUGACUCCUUACGCUGAGGAAUUUAAAGUGAAGCUGCAGGACAACAUGGACAACCUUCAAGAUAUCAUGAUGCCUUAUGUUACAGAACUCAAUGAACAAAUCAACAAGCACUUUGAACUUACCAAGGAGAAAAUGACCCCUUAUGUUGAUGACUUGAAGGCCAAGGUAGACAAGAAUGUUGAAGUUCUCCGUCAGAAUCUGGCUCCAUAUGCAGAAGAUGCCAAAGAAAAGCUGAACCAACAGAUUAAUGAGUUGUCCCAAAGAAUGGCAAUCACUGCUGAAGAGCUUAGUACAAAAAUCUCAGAAAAUGUUGAACAGCUGAAGGAAAAGAUGUCCCUUUCUGCUGAAGAGCUCAAACAGAAAAUCAUUGAGAAUACAGGAAGCCUUCCUCAGACCAUAAUGCCCUAUGCAGAUGAUUUUCGCACCAGAAUGAAUCAGAAUAUUGAAGAUUUCCACCAGAACGUGUCUCCCUAUGUUAAUAUUGUCAACAAAAACAUUGUAGAAAAUUUGGAAGCACUGAAACAAAAACUGGUUCCAUAUACUCAAAACCUGGAAAGUGACUUGAGCUCUAUAGAGAAAGAAUUGCAGAGUAAACUAGACUCUGUUAUAGAUGUCAUCCAGAAUUUCAACACAGAUACACUUAAAGCAAUCAAGGCAUGAAUUAUAUAUAUAUACACUAAGCACAUUAUUUUGCAGUUAUAAAGCCACAUAUGAAUGUGGAUUUUGUAGAUUAUUCUAAAACUCCACUAAUUUAAUGACAUAAUGUAUUUAUCAACAGACUGUUUUACUGUUUUAUUGUCUACAUCAGACCAUACAGAGCUGCUGUUUUUAAGGGAUGAAAACUGGGAAUAGUUUUACUUACGCUUUCUUGCCUACAACCUGAGAAAUAUUUAGAAUUGUUAAUGGUGUACUUAAAGGGGGUGACACCCUAUUUAAACUAGUUAUAAUGGUGUUAUGAAGUUUUCCAAAAUAAGAUCUUCUGUAAGGGAAAUUAUUAUCUGAAAGACCUAUGAUAACUCUAUGCCUUCUCAUAGAAGAGUAUAGGGAAUACUCCUGUUCAUUUUACCUUGUACGUUUGACUUGCUAACAUUGUAUUCUGUACCAUCUGUUAAAACACAACAAGGAAAACCCUGUAUUAGCAUACAUGGUUUAUAAUAUCUAAAUAAACAGUAAUGCGGCAAAA